AUGAUGCUGGUUAUGCGUUUAGUCGGAUGGCUGGGCUCGUUCCUGGGCUUCUGCUUCCUCACACUCGCUAUUGCAUCUGGCCUGUACUACCUUUCCGAGAUCGUCGAAGAGUACACCGUCCUAGCAAAGCGGGUGCUUCUACGUGUCAUAUAUUUCGUGAUCGGCCUGCUCUUCUUUGCGUGGGUCUUUGACAGGUUGCCCUUUACUCUUACGCUCCUAAGCAUCAUCUCCCACGUCAUUUACCUGGGCAACAUGCGGAGAUUUCCUAUGUCCAGCUCACAGAUCCUCUGUUCCUCGCGUCUUGCGCAUUUCUCUUCCGUCCAGAAAGAGUCGUACCGCAACAUGUCCUCGUACUAUGAUAGGCCAGAAGCCCCUAGCUUUACCCAGAUCGCUUCCUUUUUCGGCAUCUGCGUGUGGCUGGUACCAUUCUCCCUGUUUGUAAGCCUGUCUGCGAAUGACAAUGUUCUGCCAACCAUGGGCUCUUCGGAGCCCCGGAUGGGGUCAGACGGCAAGGGACGAAGGCAAGGCCUCGUCAAAGCUGUAGUGGACGGUAUCUUGGGAGCUAUCGGCCAAGUCACUGGCCAAGGUGAAGACCGACGUGAUGUUUGA